AGCAGCGCAGACAAAGCUGGGAGCUGCCAUCAGGAUCUGUGUGCUGUCCGAGCAGAAUACGAAGUGAUGCCGAGCCCCAGAAGCUGCGACAAGCAGAUAACAAUGCAGAACAGCAAUGAAGAGAGAACGCAGGGCAGGUACCAGCACUGCAACUUCAGGUGGCAGCCACCUUAUGGGCUCAUCGUGCUUCUCAUCAUGCUGGCUUCAUGGAGCAGCAUCUGCCAAGGUGCCCCAUUUUCAUCUCAUGUGCUUCGAGCAGAGCAAGAGCUUCAACUGUGGAAUGAGAUAGAUGCUGCAUGCUCUGCGGUGCUGUCAGAUUCCCAACUUACCGUAUCCAGCACUUUAGAAGAACUUUGCUUUAUGGUAAUGGGAAUACUGCAGAAGACUCAGGGUUCAGAAGAAAAAGAUGACUCAAAAAGGUUCUUAUUUCAUUAUUCUAAGAGUCAUGACUCAGGAAAAUCUGACAUCACGUCGUCUGUCCUGCAUCCUUUGCUGCAAAUCGUUCCUCAGCUUCAUGAAAGAAGGAUGAAGAGAUUCAAACCUAACGAGGAGGUCCAGGGACCUGGAGGUGUCCUAAGCAGAGGCUACUUUCUGUUCAGGCCACGUAACGGAAGAAGAUCAGCGAGUUUCCGUUAAGAGAUUGACUCAGACAGACAGAAGGAGAAUCCUGAAGAUAUCACUACAAUGGCUCAGAUACCCCAUGCUCUGCAGACUUGUAACAAUCUUUCACUAUAGAAUGUAAAGGCUACCAUCAUACAUUUUUUGCGGCUAAUGCUGCCAAGUUAUCUUUAUUUAUUAAUUGUAUUAAAGCAUAUUACAAUGAUGACAUUGUUUUUAGUGUUCUAAUGUGUACUACUAUACUGUGUAAUUAAAAUGAUGUCAAGGGCAGUUGUAGAGCUGUGCAUGCAGAAAGAAUUGCUAGAUGCAUCUAUUUUGUCCUGUACAUAAAUGCACUCAAUAGAGGAUGG